AUGUAUGCUGGACGGAAAAGAAGAAAACCGGUUCAGAGAACGGUGAAACAGCCUCCAGUGGAAGGGGUCAAGUCUAACCCAUCCAAACGUCACCGUGAUCGACUGAACUCAGAACUGGACCGACUGGCCAGCCUACUACCCUUUCCAGAGGAGGUGACAUCCAGUCUAGACAAACUCUCCAUCUUACGCCUCAGUGUUAGUUACCUACGAGCUAAGAACUUUUUCUCUGUUGCCCUGAAGAACCACACUUGCAACGGUUUGACGGCCAACAACAGUAACCAUGACAACAAUAAGCCAACGGGAUUGGUGGAUGGCUGGAUGCCAGAGGGGGAACUCCUGCUGCAGGCCCUCAAUGGAUUUGUACUGGUCAUCACCUGUGAAGGGAUCAUAUUCUACUGCUCUCACACCAUUCAGGAUUAUCUGGGCUUCCAUCAGACGGAUGUGAUGCACCAGAGUGUGUUUGAACUCAUUCACACUGAGGAUCAGCAGGCCUUCAGGAGGAACCUUCACUGGGCAUUGAAUCCUCCUCCUUCUACUGUCCAACCAGAGGAGACCCCACCGGAUGGAGAACCUGUCACAAGCUCUUCCUUGGUCACCUACAAUCCUGACCAGCUGCCUCCGGAGAACUCCUCUUUCCUAGAGAGGAGUUUCGUGUGUAGAUUCCGCUGUCUUCUUGACAACUCCUCAGGCUUCCUUGCGCUGAACCUACAGGGGAGGCUAAAGUUCCUCCAUGGGCAGAACCGUCGACUUGAUGACGGAGGUCACGUACCCCCUCAGCUGGCACUGUUUGCCAUUGCCACGCCACUCCAGCCCCCCUCAAUCUUGGAGAUCCGCACCAAGAACAUGAUCUUCAGGACCAAGCACAAGCUGGACUUUACACCCAUGGCCUGUGAUGCAAAGGGGAAAAUCGUGUUGGGUUACACAGAGGCUGAGUUGCGGGUACGAGGUUCUGGGUAUCAAUUCAUCCAUGCAGCUGAUAUGUUAUACUGUGCUGAAAACCACAUUCGCAUGAUAAAGACAGGAGAGAGUGGCCUGACAGUCUUCAGACUGCUCACUAAAGACAACCGCUGGAAAUGGGUACAGGCCAACGCAAGGCUAGUUUACAAGAAUGGCAAGCCUGAUUACAUCAUUGCCACCCAGAGGCCCCUUGUGGAUGAAGAGGGAGGAGAACACCUGAGGAAGCGUUCCAUGCACCUGCCUUUCACUUUCGCAACUGGCGAGGCUCUGCUGUACCAGACAAGCUACCCAAUUCCUGGGUUUCCUGAAAGCCAGAAUAAAGGCAAAGGCGGCAAGUCCAAAAAGGUUAAGGUGGACAAGAGCUCCAAGGACGAGUUGGACCCCAGUUCUUUGCUUGGUGCUUUGAUGAGACAGGACGAGUCUGUUUAUGUGUGCCAGCCUGCGGUUGAGCCCAAAAUGUCCUUCCACAGUAGUCUGUUUAGCGAACAAGGAGAGAGCAAUGCUUUCCCUGCAUCUCAGGACGGAGACAGCUGGAGCUCAGUGCCGAACUACACAGCAGGAGGAUCCAAACCAGAGCCAUCAAGUUUCGACCCAUUGCUUGCAACACUGGACUCGUUAUCCCUGGAGAACGAUGAGAGCUGCUCAAACAGCGAGCUCUUCAGUGCCCUUGAGAACCUGGGCCUCAACGCCGAGGACCUUGAGCUUCUUCUGCUGGAUGAGCGGAUGAUCCGCGUUGAGAUGGAGCCAGACUACAUCCCCUCUCUCAACGACUUGCUCACCAACAAUGAGAUCCUCAACUACAUCCAUGACUCGCUAGAGAGCCGGACAGAGGAGAGCGGAAGUGGUGGCAAUAGUCGUGUUUCUAUUUCGCCCCCUGACCCAACAGCUCCUACAACCCUACCAUCACAACCCUAUGCCCCUCACGCUGAGCCUUGCUCAGCUACCACGACAGCCUCUCAAGCCAUACCCGCUACAUAUCUUCCAUACAGGCCACAGAGGCAGUCGUCACCAAUAGUGCAACUCUCCCAGCAGAUGCAGCAGCACUUGAAUACCCAGUCACUCCAUCCCAAAACGGACAGCUGGCCUCAAGAGCUCCCUCUUCAGGACUCUGUAUCAGAGACACAGAUUUCCAGUCUCGGCCGGCCAGACUCUGCGUCGUCGAGUUCUCUGACCGACAUGCACAAUGGUCACUGGGUUCCCCAGAACAAACCCCUUGAGCAUCAUAAUCAACAGCAGUGGCAGCCAAAUCAGCUUCUGGUUCAGCUGCAGUCCCAGUGCCAUUUCAAGCAGAAGCCCAGUGAGAGCACGACCGCCCCCCUCAAUGGGGUGUACAGCAACGCUCAGUGGCAGGACUGUUCUUACACAGACCAAGUAAAGCUGGCAUCUAACGGACUUUGCUUUCCCAAUGGCCACCCCCUACCCUCACAGACUGUAGGGGAGGUUAGCAUGGACUUCAGUAUCACAAACGGGUCGGCUGGGGAGUGCACUAUAGGAAACAUGUCAGGGGGGGACAUGGGACACUACCAGGGGGUUAUGGCCACAACCUCCUCUUAUCACCUAGUGCAUCAGAAACAGCAGCAGCAGCUGCAGCCAAAGGUCCCAUCCUCGUAUUAUACCCCAUACCCUAGCCAGAACUCCUCUUCUCUGGAACACAUGCUGGGCUUGGACACACCCCAGUCCCUCCCCACGAUAGAUGCCUAUAAUCUGUUCAGUUCCACCCCUCCACAGGAUACCACUCGCAGCAAGAUGGAGAACGGCUGCAUUCUCAACAGCACCAGCGUGGCUUAUACAGGAGGCUGUCUGGUUCCCAACGGCAAUGUGGAAACGGCCGGUGACAGUCCUCAUCCGUGUCCUGAACCCCUCCCACCUCUCCCAGACCCUCAGACCACUGGAUUCUACCUCUGA